GGAAGUUGGGGAGGCUCUUUGGCGGCUUGGGAAACAAUUAAACUCUAAAGUAAACUGGCUUUAGGACAAAACACAAAUUGGAAUAUCAGUUUGGGACCCUAGUGGACAGCAAGUCAGCAGCUUCCUUUACUGUAAGGUUGCUGGAAAUACUACAGGAGUCUUUCUUGGAAACCCCUAAAACUGCAUCAUCAUGGAUGAGAAUGAAGAAAUUGAGGAGGAGUUUGAGGAGGAUGAGGAGAUUUUUGAGGAAGAGUAUUUUGAGGAGACGGUGACUUCGACUACCUCUCACCAGACCACAACUCAGGUGGGAGCAGAGGUGAAGCAACAGUCUGGCGCUCCGGUGAGAAGAGUCGUCAGGAAGAAGGCUAAGGUGGACACCUCCAAGUUCAUGACUCCUUACCUGGCCCACAGCCAGAAGAUGCUGGACUUGUUCUCCUACAACAAGUAUCGUCAUGCCUAUGACAAGGCUAAGGGGAAACCCUAUGACAUCUCGGCUGACACCCCUGAGAUGGUCCGGAUCAAGAAGGCUCAGGAGCAGCUGUCUGAGGUGAAAUACCGGAUGGAGGGAAAUAAGGUAAAGUGUACCAGUCUGUACGAUGGGGAGGCCAGAGAGAUCGCCCAUGUCAAGCAUGUCUCGGAGUUGAUCAGCAAGGUUCUGUACAGGGCCAAGUGGGAUGAGACUAAGGACAGGUACUUGCUGCCCCCUGAUGCCCCUGAGCUUGUCCUGGCUGUGAAGAAUGCUGCCAACUACAGCAAGAAACUGUACACAGAGGCCUGGGAUGAGGACAAGACCAUGUGCUAUCCCUACAGUGACUCUCCUGAGCUGCGCAGGGUGGCAAAGGCACAGGAGGUCCUCAGUGAUAUCUUGUACAAGAAGGGUCAUGCUGAACGCACGGCGAAGUACACCUCUCUGGCUGUCCCUAAUGAUAUGGAGUUGGCCAAGAAAAAUUUUGAACAGCGCAGUGACCUCAAGUACCAUGAGGACUACAACAAGAACGUCAAGGGCCACUGGUGCGAGACGCCCUACAUUGAUGUGGCUGUUGCGAGGGUGGCUAUGGACAACGUCAGCAAUAAAAAGUACACGGCUGCAUAUGAGGACAUAAAAGACCAAAUCAAUUUUAUGCAAACUGAGACGCCAGAAUACAAACAGAACAAGAAGGCUGGUCACGCUGCCAGCUCAAUCAAAUACAAGAAGGACUAUGAGAAGAGCAAAGCGGUGGCUGACUACAAUGUUCUCCCAGCCUCUGACAACCCUAUGCUCAGGCAGCUGAGAUACGCUGGCACCAUCUUGAGUGACAAAGUGUACAAGGCCAGCUAUGAGAAAUCGAGGGGGUCCAGUAUCAACUACUGUGACACGCCCAAAUUCAAGAUGGACUCUGUUGUACAAAAGUUCAGUGACGUACAUUAUAAAGACAAGUAUAAGAAUGAGGUGAAGGGACACUAUAUUGGCAGCUAUGAGGACAUCUACAUGCUUCACUGCAAGAAAGUGGAGGAAAUAAAGAGCGAGCAAAAUUACAAAGCAGAUUAUGAGGACAUCAAGACAAGAUGUUUCUAUCCUCAAACCAUGACGCCAGAAUAUGAGGCUUAUAAGAAAGUUGCACAGUGUAAAGAUAAAGUUUACCGGCAACAUCCGGACACAGUGAAAUUUACGCAAGUGACAGAUUCGCCUGUUCAAGUGCAAUCUGCCAUCAACGCCAAACAGCUGAGUGAUCUCAACUACCACGCGGCGUAUGAGUUGGAUAAGUUUAAGUGUGCCCUGCCGCCAGACUACCCAUUCUUCAUCCAGUCCAAAGUUAACGCAUUUAACCUUAGUGAUAAUUGUUACAAGUAUGAUUGGGAGAAAGCAAAAGCCAAGCAGUUCGAGUUUAAGGGUGAUGCUAUCUCAAUCCUUGCAGCCCGUGCCCACACAAAUAUAGCCAGUGACGUUAAAUACAAGAAGGAUUUUGAGAAGAACAAGGGAAAGAUGGUGGGAGCCCUCAGCAUCCAUGACGACCCCAAGAUGCUACACUCCAUGCACGUGGCCAAAAUACAGAGUGAUCGUGAGUACAAGAAGGACUACGAGAAGACAAAGACCAAGUACAUCACCACACUGGACAUGAUGUCUAACACCCUGGCCAAGAAGUCCCAGGGUAUCGCCAGCAUGGCCGGCUACAGGACCAUCCACAACCGCUACUUCCUGCCCUACGACGCCAUGUCCCUGGACCGGGCCAAGAAUGCCAACAUCAUCCAGAGUGACAAUGAAUACCAUUCAGACUACAACAACUUCACCAAAGGAUCUGGUUGGGUCACCUUCGGCUCCAUGGAAGUGGAGAAGGCCAAGAAAGCCGGAGAGAUCCUCAAUGAGAGAAAGUACCGUCAGCACCCAGACACCGUCCCAUUCACCUCCAUCGCUGACCACCCAGUCAUGAUGCAGGCCCAGGUCAACCAGCUAAUGAGGAGUGAUCUUCACUACAAGAAGGGUCUUGAGGAGAUCCACCAGAAGUACUCGCUGCCCCAUAAUGACCCCCAGUUCCUUCAGGCCAAAUGCAACGCCUACAACAUCAGCAAGAACUACUACAAGCAAAGCUGGGAGGAAACCAUUGCAAAAGGCUACGACAUGAGGCCAGAUGCUAUCUCUGUCAUCCAUGCUAAGCAUGGCAGACAUAUUGCCAGUGAUAUCCAGUACAAGAAAGACCAUGUGAAGGGAAGAGGCAAACAAGUGGGCUGCCGUAAUCUUCAGGAUGACCCCUUGCUGGUGCACUACAUGCAGGUGGCCAAGAUGCAGAGUGAGAGGAACUACAAGAAGGACUACCACAAGUCCAAGCUGAAGUACUGCUCUCCAGUUGACAUGAUGAGUGUUGCACAUGCUAAGCAAGCCUCUGCAGCGCAAACCUAUAUUGGCUACAGGAAGGUCCGACACCAUUACAGUCUUCUCCCUGACUCCAUGAACUUUGAGCUGGCUCGCACCAUGAACACCAACGCCAGUGAUGUGAACUACAAAGCGGACUGGGAGAACUAUGUGAAGGGAACUGGCUGGAUCCCUAUCGGAUCCAUUCCAGUAGAGCUAGCCAAGCAGGCCGGCGCCGCUCUGGAUGAGCACAAGUACAGGCAGCACCCUGAAAACUUUAAAUUCACUAGCAAGAUGGACGGCAUGAAUAUGGAGCUGUGCAAGCAGAACCAAAAGAUUAUGAAUGUUCAUGACUAUAAAGCCAGUGGAGAGAAGUUCCUGCACACCUACAAUCUCCCUGCAGAUGCACCAGAGUUUAUGCAAGCCAAAUACAACGCUGUCAACAUCAGCACGAACUAUUACACAUACGCUCACCGUCAAGACAUUCUCAAAGGACACCAGAUGAAGGCAGAUGCCAUCCCCAUCCUCGCUGCCAGGGCCUGCACUAAUAUUGCCAGCAAUUACAAGUACAAGCUGGCGUACGAGAAGGGAAGAGGCAAACAAGUGGGCUGCCGUAAUCUUCAGGAUGACCCCUUGCUGGUGCACUACAUGCAGGUGGCCAAGAUGCAGAGUGAGAGGAACUACAAGAAGGACUACCACAAGUCCAAGCUGAAGUACUGCUCCCCAGUUGACAUGAUGAGUGUUACACAUGCUAAGCAAGCCUCCGCAGCACAAACCUAUGCUGGCUACAGGAAGAGCCUCCACAACUACACUCUUCUCCCUGAGGCUAUGCCUGUUCAGCUGGCUCGUACCAUGAUGGAGAUCCAGAGCGACAACACCUAUAAGUCUGACUACAACAACGUGUACAGGGGUUCUGGCUGGAUUCCUAUUGGCUCUAUGGAGGUGGAGUUGGCUAAGACAGCCAAGGCAGCCCUAGAUGAGCACGGCUACCGUGUGCACCCCAGCACCCUGAAGUUCACCAGUCUGACUGACCAGAUGAACAUGGCCCUUGCCAUGACCAACACCAAGUUACUUGAUGACGCUUCAUACAGAGCGUCUGGCGAGAAGUUCAAGCACACGUACAACCUGCCUGCAGACAGCCCUCAGUUCCUCCAGGCCAAGUACAACGCCCAGACCCUGAGUGAGUCUCACUACAAGCACAAGUGGGUGGAAGAUAUCGCCAAAGGCUACGACAUGAGGCCAGAUGCUAUCUCUGUCAUCCAUGCUAAGCAUGGCAGACAUAUUGCCAGUGAUAUCCAGUACAAGAAAGACCAUGUGAAGGGAAGAGGCAAACAAGUGGGCUGCCGUAAUCUUCAGGAUGACCCCUUGCUGGUGCACUACAUGCAGGUGGCCAAGAUGCAGAGUGAGAGGAACUACAAGAAGGACUACCACAAGUCCAAGCUGAAGUACUGCUCCCCAGUUGACAUGAUGAGUGUUGCACAUGCUAAGCAAGCCUCUGCAGCGCAAACCUAUAUUGGCUACAGGAAGAUCCGACACCAUUACAGUCUUCUCCCUGACUCCAUGAACUUUGCGUUGGCUCGCACCGUGAAUGCCAGUUGCAGUGACUACGAGUACAAGUCUGACUGGAACAACUAUGUGAGAGGAACGGGAUGGAUUCCUGUUGGCUCGCUGCCGGUGGAGCUUGCAAAGGUUGGCGCGGACAUCCAGAGUGAACAUAAGUACCGUACACACCCUUCCAAAUUCCAGUUCAAGAAGCUGAUGGACUCCAUGGACAUGGUCCUGGCCACUGACAACAACAAGAUCAUGAACAAGCAAGAAUACACCAAACAAUGGCACAAGGACAAGCUCACAGUCCAUGUGAUGCCAGAUGCCCCUGAGAUUGUCCUGGCCAAGGCUAAUGCUAUCAACAUGAGUCAGAAACUCUACAAAUCCGGUCUGGAGGACAUGUAUAGAAAGGGCUACGAUCUCAAACCUGAUGCCAUUGCCAUUCUGGCUGCCAAGAAAGGCACUACCAUUGCCAGUGACUACAAGUACAAGCUGGCGUACGAGAAGGGAAGAGGCAAACAAGUGGGCUGCCGUAAUCUUCAGGAUGACCCCUUGCUGGUGCACUACAUGCAGGUGGCCAAGAUGCAGAGUGAGAGGAACUACAAGAAGGACUACCACAAGUCCAAGCUGAAGUACUGCUCUCCAGUUGACAUGAUGAGUGUUGCACAUGCUAAGCAAGCCUCUGCAGUGCAAACCUAUACUGGCUACAGGAAAGUCCAACACCACUACACUCUUCUCCCUGACUCCAUGAACCUUGAGCUGGCUCGCACCAUGAAUGCCAGUUGCAGUGAUUACGAGUACAAGUCUGACUGGAACAACUAUGUGAGAGGAACGGGAUGGAUUCCUGUUGGCUCGCUGCCGGUGGAGCUUGCAAAGGUUGGCGCGGACAUCCAGAGUGAACAUAAGUACCGUACACACCCUUCCAAAUUCCAGUUCAAGAAGCUGAUGGACUCCAUGGACAUGGUCCUGGCCACUGACAACAACAAGAUCAUGAACAAGCAAGAAUACACCAAACAAUGGCACAAGGACAAGCUCACAGUCCAUGUGAUGCCAGAUGCCCCUGAGAUUGUCCUGGCCAAGGCUAAUGCUAUCAACAUGAGUCAGAAAACCUACAAAGCAGGUCUGGAGGCAAUGUAUAAUAAGGGUUACGACCUGAAGGUUGAUGCCAUCACCAUCCAGGCUGCCAAGCAGGGCACCAAAAUCGCCAGCGACUACAAGUACAAGCUGAAUCACCAGAAGAAUAGGGGAAAACAAGUGGGCUGCCGUAAUCUUCAGGAUGACCCCUUGCUGGUGCACUACAUGGAGGUGGCCAGGUUGCAGAGUGACAAGAACUACAAAAAGGACUACCACAAGUCUAAGCUGAAGUACCACUCCCCAGUAGACAUGAUGAGUAUUGCGCAUGCCAAACACGCCUCCACAGUGCAGACGUAUGCAGGCUACAGGAAGAUCCAGCACCAUUACACUGUGCUUGCCGAUGCCAUGAAUGUGGAGUUGGCUAAGCAGAUGCAGACGAUCGCUAGUGAUAAUUUGUACAAAAGUGACUAUGAGACUUACAUCAAAGGCACAGGAUGGAUUCCCAUUGGUUCUCUGGAUGUAGAGAAAGCCAAAACAGCUAGCCUGAUUGGCAGUGAGAAACUUUACCGCCAACACCCCAGCGGCUUCAAGUUUACCAAAGACAUGCACUCCAUGGACCUUGUCCUGGCCAGUGCUAACAAUGCGAUCAUGAACAAGCAAACGUACAUUGACACCUGGAAUAAGGAUAAGACUACUGUCCACAUGAUGCCAGACUCAAUGGAGGUGGUUUUGGCCAGAGCCAACAAGAUCAACUGCAGCAAUACACUGUAUAAGCUUGCCAAUGAACAGGACAAGAAGAAGGGUUAUGACCUGCGCAACGAUGCUAUUGCAAUCCAGGCAGCCAAACAGGGCACAUCCAUUGCUAGCGAUUUCAAAUACAGGGCUGGCUACCGUAAACAGAUUGGCCACCACAUUGGAGCCCGCUGUAUCGAGGAUGACCCUCUGCUCAUGCUGGCUCUGAACUCAGCUAAGAUUGCCAGUGAUGCUCUGUACAAGAAAGACUUCCACAAGUCCAAGACAAGGUUCCAUCUCCCAUUGGACAUGAUUGCCUUUGAGUUGGCCAAAAAGAACCAGAUUCAGGUCAACCAUGCCAAAUAUGUAACUCGCCUGCACAACUGGACCUGUCUGCCAGACUCCAGUGAUGUCGUCCAUGCCAGACAUGUCUAUGAUAUAGCGAGUGAUGCUGUGUACAAGGCUGAUCUCAAGAGCCUACAAGGUAUCGGAUGGGUUCCCAUCGGCUCACUUGAUGUUGAGAAGGCAAAGAAAGCCUCAGAGGUCCUGAGUGAGAAGCUGUAUCGUCAGCACCCAAGCAACUUCAAGUUCACCAGCUCAGUUCAAGACAUGGGAAUGGUUUUGGCUAAACAAAAUAAUGAUAAUGCCAACAAGCAAGCGUACACUGAGGCCUGGGAGAAGGACAAGACCAAGAACCACAUUAUGCCAGAUGCGAUGGAAGUGGUUUUGGCCAAUGCAAACAAGUCCAACUACAGUUGGAACCAAUACAGAAAAGCAAUGGAAGAGGAUAAGAAGAAGGGCUAUGAUUUGCGCAAUGAUGCCAUUGCUAUCAUCGCAGCCAAGCACGGCAGGGAAAUUAUCAGUGAUCACAAGUACAAGACUGGCUACCGUAAGCAGGUUGGCCACCACAUUGGAGCCCGCUGCGUUGAGGAUGACCCUCUACUUAUGCUGGCUAUUAACUCAGCUAAGAUUGCCAGUGAUGCCCUGUACAAGAAGGAUUUCCACCAGUCCAAAACCAAGUUCCACCUCCCAUUGGACAUGAUUGCCUUUGAGUUGGCCAAAAAGAACCAGAUUCAGGUCAACCAUGCCAAAUAUGUAACUCGCCUGCACAACUGGACCUGUCUGCCAGACUCCAGUGAUGUCGUCCAUGCCAGACAUGUCUAUGACAUAGCGAGUGAUGCUGUGUACAAGGCUGAUCUCAAGAGCCUGCAAGGUAUCGGAUGGGUUCCCAUCGGCUCACUUGAUGUUGAGAAGGCAAAGAAAGCCUCAGAGGUCCUGAGUGAGAAGCUGUAUCGUCAGCACCCAAGCAACUUCAAGUUCACCAGCUCAGUUCAAGACAUGGGAAUGGUUUUGGCUAAACAAAAUAAUGAUAAUGCCAACAAGCAAGCGUACACUGAGGCCUGGGAGAAGGACAAGACCAAGAACCACAUUAUGCCAGAUGCGAUGGAAGUGGUUUUGGCCAAUGCAAACAAGUCCAACUACAGUUGGAACCAAUACAGAAAAGCAAUGGAAGAGGAUAAGAAGAAGGGCUAUGAUUUGCGCAAUGAUGCCAUUGCUAUCAUCGCAGCCAAGCACGGCAGGGAAAUUAUCAGUGAUCACAAGUACAAGACUGGCUACCGUAAGCAGGUUGGCCACCACAUUGGAGCCCGCUGCGUUGAGGAUGACCCUCUACUUAUGCUGGCUAUUAACUCAGCUAAGAUUGCCAGUGAUGCCCUGUACAAGAAGGAUUUCCACCAGUCCAAAACCAAGUUCCACCUCCCAUUGGACAUGAUUGCCUUUGAGUUGGCCAAAAACCAGAUUCAGGUCAACCAUGCCAAAUAUGUAACUCGCCUGCACAACUGGACCUGUCUGCCAGACUCCAGUGAUGUCGUCCAUGCCAGACAUGUCUAUGACAUAGCGAGUGAUGCUGUGUACAAGGCUGAUCUCAAGAGCCUACAAGGUAUCGGAUGGGUUCCCAUCGGCUCACUUGAUGUUGAGAAGGCAAAGAAAGCCUCAGAGGUCCUGAGUGAGAAGCUGUAUCGUCAGCACCCAAGCAACUUCAAGUUCACCAGCUCAGUUCAAGACAUGGGAAUGGUUUUGGCUAAACAAAAUAAUGAUAAUGCCAACAAGCAAGCGUACACUGAGGCCUGGGAGAAGGACAAGACCAAGAACCACAUUAUGCCAGAUGCGAUGGAAGUGGUUUUGGCCAAUGCAAACAAGUCCAACUACAGUUGGAACCAAUACAGAAAAGCAAUGGAAGAGGAUAAGAAGAAGGGCUAUGAUUUGCGCAAUGAUGCCAUUGCUAUCAUCGCAGCCAAGCACGGCAGGGAAAUUAUCAGUGAUUACAAGUACAAGGCAGGCUACCGUAAACAGGUUGGCCAUCACAUUGGAGCCCGCUGUGUCGAGGAUGACCCUCUGCUCGUGCUGGCGCUUAACUCAGCUAAGAUUGCCAGCGAUGCUCUGUACAAGAAGGACUUCCACCAGUCCAAAACCAAGUUCCACCUCCCAUUGGACAUGAUGGCCUUUGAGUUGUGCAAGAAGAACCAGAUCCAGGUCAAUGACUUCAACUACAGAACUCGCCUGCACAACUGGACCUGUCUGCCAGACUCCAGUGAUGUCGUCCAGGCCAGACAUGUCUAUGACAUUAAUAGUGAGGCGGUGUACAGGGCUGACACGAAGUGGCUCAGGGGAAUGGGAUGGGUCCCCAUUGGCUCACUUGAUGUGGAAAAAGCAAAGAAGGCCGCCGAGAUCUUGAGUGAGAGGAAAUACCGCCAGCACCCCAGCACUCUGGCCUUCAAAAGCCCCCUCGACAGCAUGGAUAUCGUUCUGGCCAAAAGUAAUGCCCAGAUCAUGAACAAGCGCCAGUAUGUUGAACAAUGGGAUGCUGAUAAGAUCAAAAUCCACGUCGGCAAUGAGCUUCCAGAGCUUGUGCUGGCCAAGGCCAACGCGAUCACCCUGAGCAACAAACUGUACAGACAAGGAUUUGAUGAUACCAUCAAGAAGGGCUAUUACCUACCUGUCGAUGCUAUCUCCGUUAAGGCUGCCAAGCACGGCAGAGAGAUUAUCAGCGAUUACAAGUACAAGGCUGGAUACAGCAAGCAGCUUGGCCACCACAUUGGAGCGCGCUGCGUUGAGGAUGACCCUCUGCUCAUACUGGCUAUUAACUCAGCCAAGAUUGCCAGUGAUGCCCUGUACAAGAAGGACUUCCACCAGUCCAAAACCAAGUUCCACCUCCCAUUGGAUAUGAUGGCCUUUGAGUUGUGCAAGAAAAACCAGAUCCAGGUCAAUGACUUCAACUACAGAACCAAACUGCACAACUGGACCUGUCUGCCAGACUCCAGUGAUGUCGUCCAUGCCAGGAGGGUCUACGAUCUGCAUAGUGACGCUGUCUACCAUGCCGACAUGGAGUUCAUUAGAGGUACUGGCUGGGUCCCCAUUGGCUCUCUGGAUGUGUUGAAAGCCAAGAAAGCUUCAGAGAUCCUGAGCGACCGCCUCUACAAGCAGAAACCAGAUACUCUUAAAUAUACCACCGACAUGCACUCCAUGCCUAUGGUGCUGGCCAAGGCCAAUGCUGAGAUCAUGAACAAGGGCAACUAUGUUGCACAAUGGGAUGCUGAUAAGGUCAAAAUCCACGUCGGCAAUGAGCUUCCAGAACUUGUGCUGGCCAAGGCCAACGCGAUCAACAUAAGCAACAAAACAUACAAAUCCGAACUGGAGGAGAUGUACAAGAAGGGCUAUGACCUGAAAAACGAUUGUAUCGCCAUCAAAGCUGCCAAGCAUAGUAGAGAAAUCAUCAGUGAUUACAAGUACAAGGCAGGCUACCGUAAACAGGUUGGCCAUCACAUUGGAGCCCGCUGUGUCGAGGAUGACCCUCUGCUCGUGCUGGCGCUUAACUCAGCCAGAAUUGCUAGUGAUGCCCUGUACAAGAAGGACUUCAACAAAUCCAAGACUAAAUUCCACCUGCCAGUGGACAUGCUGACCAUUGAACUGGCCAAGAAAUGCCAGAUUCAGGUCAAUGACUUCAACUACAGAACUCGCCUGCACAACUGGACCUGUCUGCCAGACUCCAGUGAUGUCGUCCAGGCCAGGAAGGUCUAUGCUCUGCAUAGUGACGCUGUGUACAGGGCUGAUUUGGAGUGGCUCAGAGGCACUGGCUGGGUCCCUAUUGGCUCGAUCGACGUUGAGAAAGCCAAGAAGGCCAGCGAGAUCCUGAGCGAGAGGAAAUAUCGCCAGCAUCCAAGCAACUUCAAGUUUACCGCCACAACCGACGGAAUGCCUUAUGCCUUGGCUGCGGCCAAUGCCCAGAUAAUGGACAAGCGCCAGUAUGUUGAACAGUGGGAGGCUGAUAAGGUCAACAUCCACGUCGGCAAUGAGCUGCCAGAGCUUGUGCUGGCCAAGGCCAACGCGAUCAUCCUGAGCAACAAACACUACCGUGAAGGAUUUGACGAGAUGAUCGGACAGGGCUAUCACCUGGAUAAGGAUGCCAUUGCUGUCCAACAUGCCAAGAAGGGCAGAGAAAUCAUCAGUGAUUACAAGUACAAGGCCGGCUUCCGCAAUCAGUGUGGCCACCAUGUUGGAGCCCUAUGCAUUGAGGAUGACCCUCUGCUUGUGAUGGCUGCCAAUGCCGCCAGGAUUUCCAGUGAUAUUCUCUACAAGAAGGACUUCCACCUCACCAAGACCAAGUUCCGUCUCCCACUUGACAUGAUGUCCUUCGACUUGGCCAAGAAAGGCCAGACCCAGAUCCAAGAAUUCUCCUACAGAACUAAACUGCACAACUGGACCUGUAUGCCAGACAACACUGAUGUUGUCCAAGCCAGGAAGGUCUACGAUCUGCAUAGUGACGCUGUGUACAGGGCUGAUCUGGAGUGGCUUAGAGGGUGCGGCUGGUUGCCCCAGGGUUCUGUGGAUGUCAUUAAGGCUAAAAAUGCCCAAACCAUCCUCAACGAAAGGCUGUACCGCCAGCCCCCCAGCUCUAUCAAAUUCACCAGUGUCAUUGACUCUCCAGAGUUUGUCCUGUCAAAGCAGAAUGCUGAGACCCUCAGUGGUAGGAAAUAUAGAGAAGUUUGGGAUACUGAGAAGACCAAUAUCCACCUGAACAAUGACCUACCUUCUAUAGUGCUGUCCAAGGCUAAUGCUAUUGCCAUCAGCAACAAACUGUACACUAAGGAUUGGGAUGCUGACAAGGCUAAGGGAUACCACAUCAAGGAGGACGCCAUCGCUGUGCUGAAGGCCAGAAAAUCUAGAGACAUCAUCAGCGACUACAAAUACCACGAGGGCUACCGCAAGCAGGUUGGCCACCACAUUGGAGCCCUCAGCGUCAAUGAUGACCCUCUAAUCAUGUUGGCUCUGAACUCAGCCAAAAUUGCCAGUGAUGCCCUGUACAAGAAGGACUUCAACAAGUCCAAGACCAAGUUCCACCUCCCAGUCGACAUGCUGACCAUUGAACUGGCCAAGAAAUGCCAGGUCCAGGUCAACGACUUCAACUACAGAACUCGCCUGCACAACUGGACCUGUCUGCCAGACUCCACUGAUGUCGUCCAGGCCAGGAAAACCUAUGAUCUGCAGAGCGAUGCUGUGUACAAGGCUGAUCUGGAGUGGCUCAGGGGAUGUGGUUGGAACCCCCAUGAGUCUGUGGAGGUGUUGAAAGUCAAACACGCCCAAGCGGUCCUGGCUGACAGAGGUUACCGCGUCAAGUUGGAUCAGCAGAUGUUCACGGCUCCUGUGGACCGAAUGGACCUGGUUUGCGCUAAGAACGCGGCAGAUAUCCUCAAUGAGGCUAAUUACCGUGCACUCUGGCACACAGAGAAGACUAAGUACACAAUCACAGACACCCCAGUACUGGCAACAGCAAGAGAGGUGGCCAAGAAUCUCCAUCCAAAACUGUACACCAAGGACUGGGAUAAGGUCAAAGCCACCGGCUUCUUCAUGCCCGGAGAUGCUGUUCCCAUCAAGCAGUGCAUCCACAACAAUAAAGUCCAGAGCGAUCACAAAUACAAGGCAGAAUACCGUAAGCAGGCUGGCCAUCACAUUGGAGCCCGCUGCGUCGAGGAUGACCCUCUGCUCAUGCUGGCUCUGAACUCAGCCAAGAUCGCCUCUGAUGCCCUGUACAAGAAAGACUUCAAUAAGUCCAAGACCAAGUUCCAUCUGCCAGUGGACAUGCUGUCUUUUGAGCUGGCCAAGAAAUGCCAGGUCCAGGUCAAUGACAAACAUUACAGGACCCAUCUACACAACUGGACCUGUCUGCCAGACUCCACUGACGUCAAACAGGCCCGCAAAGCGUACGACCUUCAGAGUGACUUUGUCUACAAGGCCGAUCUGGAAUGGCUCCGUGGCUGUGGAUGGAUGGCUGCAGACUGUGUCGAUCACGUCAAAGUUAGGAAUGCCCAGAAGAUCAUGAACGAGAGGCUUUACAAGAAGGAUGCCAAAGACAACUUUGCCAAAUACACACACAUCGUGGAUCGUCCUGAAAUUAUCCUGGCCACCAUCAAUGCUUUUAACCUCAGUGAUCUGAAGUACAAGGAGACUUUCAACGCAGAGAAGGGCAAGUACAUCGGCUCAGAGGACACACCCCAGCUGGCCCAUAGCAGAGAGGUCGCCAAGGUCAUCAGUGAGAAAUACUACAAACUGGCUUGGGACGAAAGCAAAGCCACUGGUUACCAGCUCGACCCUCAGUACAUUCCAGUAGUCGGAGCCAAGAAGAACAGGGAGAUCAUCAGUGACGCUAAGUACCAUGACGCCCAUGAGAAGGCCAAGGGCCACUACCUGGCUGGCACCCUGGUGGACUUCCCUGAGGUGAUGCGCUGUGGAGAACAGGAGAAACAGAAGGGCCUGAGGGAUUACCAGAAGGAGUAUAACACCAACAAGAUCAAGAACCACAUCCCCGCUGACAUCAUUCCCAACGUGGUGGCUAAGAGGUCUCAGGACAUGCUCAGUGAUGUGCUGUACCGCACCUACCUGCACAACUGGACCUGCCACCCCGAACAGGAGGACGCUAUCAGAGCCCGCAAGAACAACGAGAUCCUGAGCGAUGUGUACUACAAAGAUGACCUGAACUGGAUGAAGGGUAUUGGUUGCUAUGUCUGGGACACACCUGAGAUUGUCCGCGCCAAGAAUGCCUACAUGCUACAGAGCGAGCUCAAAUACAAAGAGGAGGGUAAGAAGGAAUUCAACAACUACUCCAUUGUGACAGACACCCCUGCCUAUGUGACUGCUAUCCUGGGUCACACCUGGGCCAGUGAUCUGAACUACAGGGAGGCUUACCAUAAGGAAAAACAUAUGUAUACCACAAUUCUGGAUACCUACGACUACGUGCGCUACGCCAACCUCAAGCACAUCUACAGCACCAAAACGUAUACAUCUGCCUGGGACCAGAUCAAGGCUAAGGGUUACACGCUGCCAUCAGACUCCCACGCCAUGAAACACGCCAAACAACAGAAGGUCAUCCUCAGCAGUGUCAAAUACAGGGAGGAUUAUGAGAGGUUCAAGUCCCUCUACAGUCUGCCCAAGUCCCUAGAGGACGACCCACAAACUCUCCGCUGCAUCAAAGCCGGACAGAUGGGUCUUGACCGCUUGUACAAGGCAGACUAUGAGAAGACCAAGGCCAAGAACCACAUCCCUCCAGACAUGCUACAUGUCUUGUCAGCCCGUCAAACUCAGAACCAUGUCAGUGAGAUCGGUUACAGGAAGUACCUGCACCAGUGGAUCUGUAUGCCUGAUAUGCAGGUGUACGCCCAGGCACGCAAGGUCAACGAGCAGCUCAGCGACGUCUUCUACAAGGAUGACCUGAACUGGCUGAAGGGAAUUGGCUGCUAUGCUUGGGACACCCCUGAGAUCUUGCGCGUCAAGGCUGCUGACAACCUGCAGAGCGAGAACAAGUACAGAGCCAAGGGCAUUGAGGCAUUCAAGGAGUACUCUAUGGUCAUCGACACUCCUACCUAUGAAACAGCCAAACAGAGUGCUCAGAACCUGAGCGAUCUCCACUACCGUAAUGACUACGUCACCAAUGUCAAGGGAACUAACUCCUCCCCCGCUGUCACCGUUGACACAGAGAGGGCACGCCUGGCCAACUACAACCAGAGUGAUAACUUCUACAAAGAGGCCAACAAGAACUUCAUGCCUACUGGCUACUCUCUACCCCACGACAAUCCUCUAAUGAAGCAGGCUCAGCACAACACCAUCGUUGUCAGCAGCGUGAAGUACAAGAAUGACUAUGAAAAGUCAAAGGCUACGAACUACACCCUAGACCCAGAAGGUGUCAGCUUCGUCAACAUCAGGAAUGCCAACAAGGUCACCAACCCGCGUCUGUACCGUGAGCUGUAUGAGAAGGAGAAGGACAAGGUCCACAGCACCUACGACACACCUGAGAUCAGACAGGUCAAGAUGACCCAGAAGGCCGUCAGCGACUUGUGUUACAAGGAGAAGUACUUCGCCAACAGAGGCACCAUGAUCCCCAUGGGCAUCACUCCCCAGAUGAUACACUGCAACCACGUCAACGAGAUCACCAGUGACCUGAGAUACAAGGAGGACCUUCUGUGGCUGAGAGGCGUUGGCUGCUUCAUGUAUGACACACCUGAGAUGGUCACUGUCCGCAACAUUAGCAAGUUCAGGGCCAACUAUGAUGUUGAGGCAAAGAAGAACCGUGCCAACUUUACUGUGGUCCUGGGCACACCAGAGUACCAGCGCAUCACUGAGCUCAAGACCCACAUGAGCAACCUGAAGUACAGAGCCAAAGGCAAUGUGGAGAAGAGCAAGUGCACCACCACCCUGGACUCCCUUGAGGUCCAGAGAGUCAAAUGGGCCCAACAGCUCAGCAACAAGUUUAUGUACACUGACCUGGCCUCCAAGGAAAGAGCCCACUUCACUCCGGAGAUCAACACCCCCAUAAUGGACCACGCCAGGGCUAUGAAGGUGGUCUUCAGCGAGAUCAAAUACAAAGAUCAGUAUGAGAAGAUGAAGCACAAGUACACCAGCAUCCAUGACACACCCAUCCUGGUCCGGGCCAAGAAGGCCUACCUACAGUCCAGUGAUCUGCGCUACAAGGAGAGCUUUGAGCAAGCCAAGGGUCACUACCACAGCGUCAAGGAUGCCCUGGACAUCGUGUGUCACCGCAGGGUCACCGAUGACAUCAGCGAGGUCAAAUACAGAGAGAAGUACAACAACACUCUGGGUACGUGGAGAUCCAUCCCCGACCGUCCCGAGUUCUUCCACAGCAAAAUCAUCUAUGAUAACGUCAGCAACGUCAAGUACAAGGAGGACCUGGAUUGGCUGAAGGGUAUUGGCUGCUAUGUGUGGGACAGACCUGAGAUGGUCCAGGCUGAGAAGAACAAAAGCCUCUACAGUGAGAGACUCUACAAAGCAACUUUUGAGAAGAACAGACACCAGUUCAAGUACACAAGUGAUACUCCAUUCUUCCAGGCCGCCAAGAAUGCCUCCGUUAUCAUCAACGAAAGGCGCUAUAGAGCAGCCUAUGAGAAGACCAAGGAUAAGUACAGCAGUGUGUUGGAUGAUCCUAGAAACCUCCUGGCUAAGGAGAACGCCAAGAAUAGCCAGUGGAAGUACAGGGCGCAGUAUGAGCGCGCUAAGAACAAGUUCACCUCCAUCCUGGAGACACCUGAGCAUGAGAGCCACAAACGCAGCAAAGCCAUAUUAGACAAUGUCUACAAGAUGGAGUAUAACAAGAACAAGGCUAAGGGCUACACCCUGGGCCAUGACACUCCACACAGCACACACAUGAAGAAGGUCAAGGAGAUCACCAGCGUGCUGAAGUACAAGGAGAUGUAUGAGAGGAGCAAGGCCCAGAUCAACAUGGACCCUGAAUCCUUUGAAAUCCGCGCUGCCAAGGAAGCCUACAAGAACAUCAGCAAUCUGGACUACAGGAAGAAGUACCAGGCCACCAAAAACAAGUGGAUCUGGACUGUCGACAGACCUGACUUUAUCCACGCUGCCAAGGCCAACUUCCAGCAGAGUGAUGUUGAAUACAAGUAUGACAAGGAGAUGAUGAAGGGUUGUGUGAUGUCCAUCGUGGAUGACAAGUUAGCCAUCCUGGCUAAGAAGAAUGCUGAUUUCAGCAAUGUGAAAUACAGAGAGAAGUUUGAGAAGGCAAAAGGCCAGUAUAAGACUGUUCUGGACACUCCUGCUAACCUUCAUGCCAAGUCAGUGCGCAUUCUGGCAUCUGAGAGCAAAUACAAACUGGCCAGCAAGAUGGAGCAUCAGACCAGCAAAUUCAACACUCUGCCCACGACCCGCGAUACCAUCCACGCCAAGGACAUGGGCAAACUGGUCAGCGAGAAACAGUACAAGAAGAAGUUUGAGAAGGAGAAGGGCAAGUCCAAGUACAACAACAUGAGUGUGCCUCCCGAUGUGCAGCACGCCAUGGACGUAGCCAAGAAUCAGAGCAAUUUUGCCUACAGGCAGGGCGCUAAGGCCAAGCUCAACUACACCUCUGUGGCUAUGCGCCCAGACAUCAUGAAGGCCACCCAGGCCUCCAAGCUCACCAGCAAUAUUGGUUACCGUGACAAAGCUCGCCAGGAGGCUGCCCAUGGAGGCUCACUGACCCACCGUCCAGACAUCGCUCUGGCUACUGCAGUUUCCAAGCUGACCAGCCAGGUGCAGUACAAGGCCAAGUUUGACAAGGAGAAGGGGCUCAGGCCAAAGUAUGACAUGAAGGAGAGUGUGGUUUACAAGACUCAGAAGGAUGCACACAAGCUGGCUAGUGAGGUGAAGUACAAGGGUGACCUGAAGAAGCUGCACAAACCUGUAACAGACAUGGCAGAGUCUCUGUCCAUGCAGCACAACCUGAGCACCAGCAAGCUGUCCAGUGAUUACCAGUACAAGAAGAAACAUGAGGACAGUAAGGGUCACUACCUCAUGAUCGCUGACUCACCAGAACAGCUUCAUCACAAGGAGGCUUCAGAACUACAGAGUCACGUGAAGUACAAGGAGAAGUAUGAGAAGGCUAGAGGAAAGGCCAUGCUGGACUUCGAGACCCCCACCUAUGUGACGGCUAAGGAGGCCCAGCACAUGCAGAGCGCGAAAGACUAUCAUAAGGAAUAUGAGGAGUCCAUAAAGGGAAAGAACCUCUCAGGCUUGGAGGUCACCCCUGCCAUGUUACAUGUCAGACACGCCACCAAAAUAGCCAGCGAGAAAGAGUACAGGAGGGAUCUAGAGGAGGGGGUGAAGGGUAAAGGGCUAACUGUUUUUGAGGAAACUCCGGAGCUUUUGAGAGCAAGAAAUGCCACUGCUAUCCUGAGUCAGAAAGAGUACAAGAAGACAUUGGAGACAGAGAUAAAGGGCAAAGGAAUGUCGGCUUUGGCUACAGACACGCCAGACUUCAUGAGGGCUAGGAAUGCUACAGACAUCCUCAGCCAGCAAAAGUACAAGCAGACUGCUGAGGCGGACAGGGCUAGCUACACUAGUGUUAUCGACACCCCUGACAUCCUCCACGCACAGAAUAUCAGGAACAUGGUCAGCCAGAAAAAGUACAAGGAGGAGGCUAAGAAUACCAUGUCUCACUAUGUGCCCGUCCUGGACACCCCUGAGAUGAUGAGAGUCCGUGAGAACCAGAAAAACUUCAGCACUCUUCAGUACCAGACAGACCACCUUAAAAACGUUAAGGGCAAAGUGUCAUCAAUAAAGGACACCCCUGAAAUGCUACGUGUUAAAGAGAAUACAAAGAAUUUCAGCUCGAUUCAGUACAAAGAGGAUUUGGGAGGAGGAACAGCUCUGUCAGACACCCCAGAGAUGGACAGAGUUAAACGCAAUCAGACAAACAUUAGCACGAUAAAGUACAAGGACUCGUUGGGUCAGGGAACAGCUGUCUCAGACCUACCUGAGGUGAAGAGGGUUCGUGAGAUGCAGAAGAACAUCAGCUCGAUUCAGUACAAAGAGGAUUUGGGAGGAGGAACAGCUCUGUCAGACACCCCAGAGAUGGACAGAGUUAAACGCAAUCAGACAAACAUUAGCACGAUAAAGUACAAGGACUCGUUGGGUCAGGGAACAGCCGUCUCAGACCUACCUGAGGUGAAGAGGGUUCGUGAGAUGCAGAAGAACAUCAGCUCGAUUCAGUACAAAGAGGAUUUGGGAGGAGGAACAGCUCUGUCAGACACCCCAGAGAUGGACAGAGUUAAACGCAAUCAGACAAACAUUAGCACGAUAAAGUACAAGGACUCGUUGGGUCAGGGAACAGCCGUCUCAGACCUACCUGAGGUGAAGAGGGUUCGUGAGAUGCAGAAGAACAUCAGCUCGAUUCAGUACAAAGAGGAUUUGGGAAGAGGGACAGCUCUGUCAGACACCCCAGAGAUGGAGAGAGUUAAACGCAAUCAGCAACACAUUAGCACGAUAAAGUACAAGGACUCGUUGGGGCAGGGCACAGCCGUCUCAGACCUACCAGAGGUGAAGAGGGUCCGUGAGAUGCAGAAGAACAUCAGCUCGGUGUUGUAUAAGGACAGUUCUGCUAAAGGAACACCCCAAGUGUUCACUCCAGAGAUGGAGAGAGCGAAACGGAACCAAGAACAAAUUAGCUCGGUGUUGUACUCUGACAGCUUCCGUAAGCAGGUCCAGGGCAAGGCUGCCUUUGUGUUGGACACACCUGAGAUGAGACGGGUCAAGGAGACUCAACGCAACAUUUCUGGAGUGAGAUACCACCAGGACUUUGAAAGGACUAAGGGCAGCUUCACUCCCACUACCUCGGACCCUGUCAUGGACCGCGUGAAGAAGAACACCCAGGAGUUCAGCGACAUCAACUACCGUGGCAUCCAGAGACGCGUGGUCGAGAUGGAGAAGAGACGUGUCGUGGAGCACGAACAGGAGACUGUCACUGAUCUACGCGUGUGGCGCACCAAUCCCGGCUCUGUGUUUGACUAUGACCCUGCUGAGGACAACAUUCAGUCCAGGAGUCUGCACAUGAUGUCAGUCCAAGCCCAGCGACGCAGCAAGGAGCACUCCCGCUCUACCAGUGCUAUGAGUGGUGUUGGCGAUGAGAAGUCUGAGGUGUCUGAGGACCCAGGACACCACAUGUCGCUGUACAGCAACGGCUUCACUCUCCCCUCUAUGGGCUACACACACACCAAGACCGUGGAGCUGCAGCAGAGGUCUUCCUCUGUAGCCACCCAGCAGACCACAGUGUCCUCUGUCCCCUCCCACCCCUCCACCACCGGGAAAACGGUGCGUGCCAUGUAUGACUACUCCUCUGCCGACAGUGACGAGGUGUCCUUUAAGGAUGGUGAUGUCAUCGUAAACGUGCAGGCCAUCGAUGAAGGUUGGAUGUACGGCACCGUGCAGCGCUCAGGCAAGACUGGCAUGCUGCCGGCCAAUUAUGUUGAGGUUAUCUAAAGACAAGGCCCGCCCAUCCCCCCAAUCCUUCCUCCAGAGUGUGCGAGAUAUCCACUGGGCUCCCUGAUUGGCCCCUACCUGCGGCUGAAUCUGUCACUUCGUAAACCUUUUGUGUAGACUAGUGCUUAAAAUUAGAUUUUAGUAGCUGUGUAACUAUUAGUCUACUAUAGUAUAUUGUCUACAUGAAAUUGACACCGUUUCAUUGUCCCCCGUGGAUGACGUAGAAAUAAACAUACCUAUAUAUAGACUACUGUCGAAUGUUAAACCUCUUCCAAGACCUUGUUUCGCAAUAAUAUGACAAAAUCCCAUUGUGUAAAUUGCAGGCAAAUGUAUUUAUCAGUUAAAUAUUCUUAAAGCUGUAACAUUAACUUUCACACAAGAGAUGGGCUACAUGCAAUUUAAAAGUGAACGUAUGGAGAGAAUAAAGUUGUAUUAUCACCUAAGUCUACAAGGGGUUGAUGAAAAUAAAUUACAAAGUUGUUUAACCUUAAUCCUUACCGAGGCAUCAGCCAUCGCCUCAAUGAUCUAACCUUAAACCAUGGGUCUGUUCAGGAUGUAACAUUACAGAAAGUUCAGAUAGAAAUGUAUUGUGUAGAACAAAUGUUUGUUUGUCAGAGAAUAGGGAACCGUGUCAGCUCUAUUCACUGUAUUUCCAUCUACAACGUUCAGAGUGUUUCACACCCCAGUUUCUGAAGAGUUGUGCGUUCUGAAGUUGUAAAGGAGCAGCCUCUUCCCUCCUGAAGGCUGGCCAAUAGUUGCAUGUGUGUUUUGUUUCUUUUAAUUACCUAGGUCUGGGGGUCAAGGAGGUCAUAUACAUUAAAUCAGUAGCUAAUAAAGCACACCACGCUCUGCACUA